CUUCCAGACAAAUAUAAUCACCAAAUUCUGUUUUUAAAAGAUAGACAUAUUUGUAUUUUUCUGCAGGAGUCCUGAUUUCGGGAUCUAAGGGAAUUGACAGUGAAGCAGAAUUUGCUCAUCGUAACAAGGCGAUAAUUGGGGACAAAGAGUCUCCCGUUCAACGGACAUUUACCAGAAGCGCGCUUUGGAAUGAAAUUUCUCGUCUUAUCUUAUGGCUGCACAAGCUGACAAUAUAUAAUUUUACCUCAUAUAAAAUGGGAGCAUUCUAACUAGCUUGCGCCCAGUAACCCUAUAGUGUUAUUAUUAUCAUAUCAUAAAAAUAAUUAUUUGGAUAUUAUUGGCACUGAUUUAAUUGUAAGUUUAUAAGAGCAAUGCCGUAGCUCUCACGGUACACUGUCCAUCCCCAUUUGUUUAAUUAUUCCCCCAAUCCCUAGGCUUCUUACUAAUUAACUAUUAUUUCAUCAUUCCAUUUUCCAGCAAACGCGUUCAUGGUACACCGAUGAGUUCAGGUGCAUACGAAAUGUUUAGAAAAGUUGAUAAGUAAAUUAUAAAUUUUUUUUUUUUGGGUUAUAAAGAGAGUUUUCUUAUUAAACCCUCAACUUUUCCCACCCUCCCCUCCUCUGUAUGACACUAUAUUUCGAUAUUGUUUUCUUAAUAAAGUACUUUUAUCGUUAUGUACGGUUAAAGUUGAUGUGAAACAAAGAAUAUCCAUAAUUUACCACUUAAAAUUUACUAGUUGACGAGAUGGGUUAGCUUGUUAACCAUAAGGGGUUAGUGUGCACCAUGCUAAUCAUGAGCUGUAGUAGUACAUAAUCAUAGUUAUAGACUUAUAGUUAUUGUCGUUUCCCAUUUGUCGUUUUUUUUUUGUUCUUGUAGGACUACAACUCCGACAUAACUAUAAUUAUAGUAAUUGUUUUUGCAGUUGUAGUCCUUACCUUUUGAAAUUACAGAGCUUCAACUCGAUCCGAUAUAGACUACUACAACUCAUGAUUAGUAUAGUUGUAACCAUUAUAGGAUUAGCACAGUGUAUGGUCCCCUCAUACACAUCUUUUGAUGUUUGUUUCGCCAAUCAAGUGAGCGCGCGCGCGAAAUGAAGAACCGAACUCUUUCAUAGAUAAAUUUAACAUCUUAAUUAAACCAAUGCUUUUGUCUUUUUAAUGUGAUUAUUAGCCUUUAUUUCUGUGCCAAUUAAUCUUGGGUCGGGUGUCGAUCAGUCUGUGAGGCAGUCACACACCUUAAAAAGCUUGGAGUUUCGUCAAAAUCCCUUUCUCUCUCACUCACUUUAUUCUCCUCACAUGCAAAAUAGAAUAGAAGAACCCAUCUCUCUCUCGCCGUGCCGUUUACGUUGAUUUUUCCCCAUACGGGAUCCGCCUUCCAUGCAUUGCUUGUCGCGGCCGGCGACCGUCACAACAAGCAACGUAACUCAUCACUUUUGCCAAAUAUUUCCUUCCCCUAUCUCUGUGUUUGACCUAGCUAGCCAGCCAGCUUUUCUACUCUCUCUCUCUCUCUCUCUCUCUUUCUGGCGUCCAUUUCUUCUUGUUCUUUCUUUCCUUUCUUACCUGCCUUGUGUAUUAUCCGGCGAAAAACGGGAAGGAAGCAACGUCCCUUUCUUUCUCUCUAAGCUCGCUUCCACUUCCAUCUACGUACUCAACGCAGUAACCAGAAAGCAAGCAAAGUAGGUAAAAGGGAAGGAAGGAAGGAUCCAUAUAUAUACAUACACCAGAGAGAAGAUUAAUGGCAGGUGGAAGUGGCGGCGGGCAGCUCUCGGUGCCGCCGGGUUUCCGGUUCCACCCGACGGAAGAGGAGCUUCUGUACUACUACCUGAGGAAGAAGGUUUCUUAUGAGGCCAUAGACCUCGACGUUAUCAGGGAAGUCGACCUCAACAAGCUUGAGCCUUGGGACCUCAAAGAGAAGUGCAGAAUCGGGACAGGUCCACAGAAUGAGUGGUAUUUCUUCAGCCACAAGGACAAGAAGUACCCAACAGGGACUCGAACAAAUAGGGCAACCGCAGCUGGAUUCUGGAAGGCUACGGGGAGGGACAAAGCCAUUCAUUUCACCAGCAAUGAUCAUUCACAGAGGAUUGGGAUGCGCAAAACCCUGGUGUUCUACACUGGACGGGCACCUCAUGGCCAUAAGACUGAUUGGAUCAUGCACGAGUAUCGCCUCGACGACGACCAACAUCAUCACAACUCUCAGUUCCAGGAAGAAGGGUGGGUAGUGUGUCGAGUAUUCAAAAAGAAGAACCAAGCAAGAGGUUUCGCACCACAAAUGGGCGGCGGCGCCGACGACGAUCACCACCAGCACCACCACCUUCAACCCGCCACCACAUCCACUGCAUGCAACUCCGUCGGAGCAGCAGCAGUUUACGACGAGUUCGAGGCCGGUUCCAUGCAUCUCCCGCAACUCUUCAGUGCAGAAUCCGCACACUUCGUCAACUCCUACAACACCCACCACCACAACAACAACCUGAUCAGUAAUAUGAACAAUGAUUGCUCCCCGCUGAUGCAGCCACAGAGCUUCUUGAGGCUGCAGACGCCGAGCGGAAGUACCGGUGGCAAUUAUGGGAGUAGUAGUAAUAAUGUUGCGGCGGCGGGUGCUGAUUGGUCUUUUCUGGACAAGCUGCUUUCGUCUCAUCCUCAUCAGCAUGACCAGAGAUCAUCGGUGGCAGUGGGAGGCGGUGGCAAUUCGUCGGCGGUGACGGCGGCGCAGAAAUUCCCUUUCCCACUUUCUGGAUGCGAUCCUGCUGCUGCCGGGAUGUUCAAGUUUCCCCAGUGAUGGUCGUGCAUGCAUUUUGAUAAUUUUCAUGUGCUCGCUUUUUGUCGUUUUCUGAUAAUUUCCUUUUCUGUUGGAACGAAGUCAAGCAGAGACCGAAUAUUCUCUAUGAAUUUUUCCAACUUUUCCCAAGUUUACUAAUUUUUUGUCGACAUUUUUAAGAUAAUUGUUGUUCUCGAAAUUAGAAUCGAAGGUUUGUAGCAAGAGGGCGAAUGAGUGAAGCUCUUCCUGGACAUUUUAUGUCAGCACAGGUGUAAUUAACACCAGACUGAUUUUUUGCUAGCGUCGAGGGGUUAAGGUGACUAUUAUGUUUCUGACUACUAUGGUAGUGAGUGUGAUUGGGGCGGAUUUUCCUAAAUUAUCUUUAUUUUCAUUUCUAAAUGCUCAUAUUCAUAUGCGCACGUCAUAUUCAGAUAAGGAAGUUUGCAUCACUAUAUCUGUGAUUUACGACUACUCAUGGCCAUGGGUAAUAACACUCAUAAAUCUAAUAUUACUAUAUUUAAAAUUCAACAUUUAGAUUUUUAAUUAUCAGGAAAUCUACAAAGGUACAAUAGACACAUUUUAAUAUGAAUUCAACACUUUCGAUCUUAAAAUAUUCAUUAAUUCCUUAGAAAAAAUAUAAUAUUAUAAAUCAU